UCGGGAAAGGAGGAGGGCUGGAGGCUGGAAGGGUAUAAAUAGUGUGGGCCUGGGCAGAAGGAAGACUUUAUGCUGGGUGUCUCGGGACACGCGCCCCUCUCGCGGGUCCCGGAGCGGAUCAAGCGUGAGGCGCCAACAAAAGAGGCAAGGAGGUGCCACCCGGGGGCGGCGUCAGGAAGAGGAGCGGGAGGAGGAGCGCGGAGCUGAGAGUCCCGACCCGCCGUGCGUACUUUCUGGAGGGAAGGGGCGGGGGGAAUCGACCCCGGGCGGGGAACGCCUGGUGGCGAGGGGUUUAGCCAAGUUCCGGCCGCGGCGUCCCUCCUCCGCUCCCACGAGAGGAAAGUUUUCUCUAGACGCUUCCGGCCGGCCCGCACCCUCCGGACCCAGUCCCCGAGCCUUCGGAGCGGGCGCCGUCCCAGCCCAGCUCCGGGGAAAGCCGCGCCGCGAUGCCUGGGGGGUGUUCCCGGGGCCCCGCCUCAGGGUACGGGCGGCUCUGGCUAGCGCGGCUGGCGCUGUUCCUCCUGGGCUGGGUCUCCUCUUCUUCUCUCACCUCCUCCGCGCCCUCCACCUCGUCCGCGUCGUUCCUGGCCUCGGCGGUGUCCGCCCAGCCCGGGCUGCCAGGCCCAUGCCCCCAGCCCUGCGAGUGCUCCGAGGCUGCGCGCACUGUCAAGUGCGUUAACCGCAACCUGACGGAGGUGCCCGCGGACCUUCCCCCCUACGUGCGCAACCUCUUCCUUACCGGCAAUCAGCUGGCGGUGCUCCCCGCCGGCGCCUUCGCCCGCCGGCCGCCGCUGGCUGAGCUGGCCGCGCUCAACCUCAGCGGCAGCAGCCUGGAGGAGGUGUGCGCUGGCGCCUUCGAGCAUCUGCCCAGCUUGCGCCAGCUCGACCUCAGCCACAACCCGCUGGUCAGCCUCAGCCCCUUCGCCUUCUCGGGUAGCAACGCCAGCUUCUCGGCCCCCAGCCCUCUGGUGGAACUGAUGCUGAACCACAUCGUGCCCCCUGACGACAGGCGGCAGAACCGGAGCUUCGAGGGUAUGGUGGCAGCGGCCCUACGAGCCGGCCAAGCGCUUCGCGGGCUCUGGCGCCUGGAACUGGCCAGCAACCACUUCCUCUAUUUGCCUCGGGAUGUUCUAGCCCAACUACCCGGCCUCAGGCACCUGGAUUUGCACAACAACUCUCUGGUGAGCUUAACCUACGUGUCCUUCCGCAACCUGACGCACCUAGAAAGCCUCCACCUGGAGGACAACGCCCUCAAAGUCCUUCACAAUGGCACCCUGGCCGAGUUGCAAAGCCUGCCCCAUGUCAAGGUCUUCCUGGACAAUAAUCCCUGGGUCUGCGACUGUCACAUGGCAGACAUGGUGGCCUGGCUCAAGGAGACAGAGGUAGUGCAGGGCAAAGCCAGGCUCACCUGUGCAUUCCCGGAAAAAAUGAGGAAUCGGGCUCUCUUGGAACUCAACAGCUCCCACCUGGACUGUGACCCUAUCCUCCCUCCAUCCCUGCAGACUUCUUAUGUCUUCCUAGGUAUUGUUUUAGCCCUGAUAGGCGCCAUUUUCCUACUGGUUUUGUAUUUGAACCGCAAGGGGAUAAAAAAGUGGAUGCAUAAUAUCAGAGAUGCCUGCAGGGAUCACAUGGAAGGGUAUCACUACAGAUACGAAAUCAACGCGGACCCCAGGUUAACAAACCUCAGUUCUAAUUCGGAUGUCUGAGAAACAUUCGAGGACAGAACAAGGACAACUAUGCAUGAGAUGUAGACUUAAGCUUUAUUCUGUCCUAGGCUUGCUCCACUUCCACCUUCCACUGUGGACACUGCUGACCUUGACUGAAAGCAGUGAAGGGAAUUUGCUCCCUUGUUAUGUGAAGUUUUUGGUGUGUCUUGUUAAUGUAAGACGAUGAAAAACUGUGCAUAGUGUUUUAUCCUUUUCCUUUUCUUGGAACUCGACUCGUGUGGAGGGAUUUUUCGAGUUUUAGCAUGAACGUGGACUCCUGGCUCUUUCUCUUAGUACAGAGUUCAAGGUGUAGCCAGUGUAGCCACACAGAUAGCAUUCAACAAAAGCUGCCUCAACCUUUUUGAGAAAAAAAUACUUUAUUCACAAAUAUCGGUUUUAUUCUCAUGUACCAAAAUUGUGGAGAAAAUAAAUGCAUUCCAUAAACUGCCUGCAGAUUUUAGCAAGCUCUUCAGAGUAACUCCAUAGCCCACAGGAGCACCUGCAUCCGAGAGCAUGCUUAUAUUUUACUGUUCUACAUAUUACAAAAAAUAACUUGCAACUUCAGAUAACUUCUUUAACAAAGUAAACUACUUUUCUGGUUGCAGUUUAUAUGAAACUAUACUGAAGUUUUUUUAUAAACUGCAUUGAGAUCCAACAGACUAAAUUGUUAAGAAAAACUUCAAUAAAGAUUCUUAAAAGAAUUA